GGGCAGCCGGCCUCAUAUCGGGAGCGGAGGAGGUGGCGGAGGGCGGCGGGGGCGGCGGGCUGAAUGCGGGGGGCACAGCGGAAGCUGCUGGGCAGCGGCAGCAACAGCAGGAGCGGAGGGGCGAUGAGGGUACGGAUGAUGUAGUUCGUAUCAAGCUGCGGCACACCCCGGACGGCGAGGCGGAGGAGGUGCGGGUGCUGCGCCCGCACCGCACCCUGCCCUCCGCCGUCUCCGCCAGCCUCACCCGCAGCCCCGCACCCCAGCAGCGGCUGCUGUCGCUGCCGGGGCGGGGGCGGCGGGAGGAGGUGGUGGGGACGGUGCGGCUGACUGCCUUCAACGCCCGAGCGCAGUCCGAUGUUGCCGCCGCCAUCCGGCAGCUGCAGGCUGCGGGCGCCACCCGGCUGGUGCUGGACCUGCGGGACAACCGCGGGGGCCUUGUGACGGAGGGGCUGGAGGUGGCACGGUUGUUCCUGGAGGGCGACGUCCCCAUAGUGGUCACGGAGCGGCAGGGCGCCCCGCCCGACACCCCCCGCGCCCCCGGCCCCGCCCUCACCUCCGCUCCGCUCCUAGUCCUAGUCAACGGCCACACAGCUUCAGCCUCGGAAAUCGUGGCGGGCGCGUUGCGGGACAACUGCCGUGCCGUACUAGCCGGCAGUCGUACGUACGGCAAGGGCCUGAUCCAGAGCGUGUACGAACUGAGUGACGGUUCGGGUCUGGUAAUUACAGUUGGGAAGUACCUGACGCCACGUGGCAAUGAUAUUGAUCGAUUCGGCAUCCAACCGGAUUUCAACGGCGCGCCGUCACGUGAGCAAUUUGACAGCACGGUGAAGGCAUGCAAAUUGUCGUCACCACCGCCGUCUGCUGCUGCUUCAUCGGUGGACAACGGUUCCUAGACGUAAGGUUGCACAGCCGAGACCAGCCUUGUGUGAGAUGUUGCGUUGGCUACCGUAUGUAAAGUUGCUGUCAUUGCUAUUGGAACGAGGGGGCCAGCUGGAGGGGGGUGGUUCGGAACGCCCAAGGUUGUAAGGGUAUGAGCGAGGUGGGCGGAACUGACAGUUCAGGUGUGAUUAGGAGCGAGUGCUUUUGUUGUGAUGUCUGUCAGCAGAGAGGAGAGUGGUGCUGUCGAUCCGACCACGUACGGCACGCCUUGCGCACCAUUACCAAACCAGGUCGUUUGGCGGACUGCUAAGGCUUCGGCGGCUCCUGAAAAGAAGAUGCGCUUGUAGAGUUUGGAAAUCAGAACCUUACAGGCGGUAUCCGCAGGCGCGUGGUGACCCAUGGGUCAUGCAGCUGCCCAACCUUUUCAAUCGGAUCUAUCACUACUAUUAACCCCUGAGCGACUUAAACUCCAAUAUGUCGUCUACCGUUCAGUCUUACUGAUUGGACCAGUUUCGGCUUUUCCUGCAUCCUAACGGACACUGGUACUCCUAUUGCACGGGGACUUACCCCACCAGACCGUAAACCUCCCUAAAGCUACCGAUAUGGCGCAAGGAGACUGCUUCCUUGCGGCUGCCAUGCUAACAACACCUUGGCGCUUUUAAAGCUUGCAAGACCCGCCUCCUUGCUUCUUGACCGCCAAUUUCUAUGGUACAACCAUCCACUGACAUGCAUGAUGUACAUUGCGGGGUACGAGCAUACCCACCAUGUUAUACCCACCGCCUUGGAGACUCAGCGAUGGGUCCACCAGUCCCACCUACCCUCUGCUCCUUGCAGCCUAAAAGGUACCCCCAGACAGAACGGAGUAACUUGUAUUGCCGCUCCUAUAAUAAGAUUCGACGUUGCAUGCACCCCUCUAAUAAGACAUGUACGGUACAUGGAAACACGUGCAUAUGGUGGUGGCUAAUCGCAUCCAAUCGUGGCUAACCGGCCAAUCGCCCCAACUUGA